AUGGCUCCUCUAGUUUGGAUUCUGGUGCUGCUGGUGGGGGCUGCCUGGGGCGAGGACCAAGUAACUGCCUGGAGACAGAACUCUCUGGACCCAAAAGUGAUGGUGCGCACUUCGAGGGAGAGUUCCAUUGUCUCGAAGUGUGACUUUGAAGAUAAUUCCAGACCUCUCUGUGACUGGUCUCAAAUGUCUGCAGAUGAUGGGGACUGGGUUCGAACUACAGGGCCCUCCCGCACGGGCACUUCUGGCCCCCCAGGGGGCUACCCCAAUGGAGAGGGUUACUACCUGCACAUGGAUGCCAACAACUUCCCUCGGGGCGGGGUGGCACGUUUGCGCAGCCCUGACAUAUGGGAGCAAGGUCCACUCUGCAUCCGUUUCGCCUUCCACAUGUUUGGGCUGUCAUGGGGUGCCCAGCUCAGACUGCUGCUGCUCAGGGGCCGCAAGCACCCCCGGCCCAACGUGCUCUGGAAACACUUGAACACCCAGAGUCCCUCUUGGAUGCCCACCGCUGUCACUGUGCCAGCAGACCGUGAUAUACCAAGCUGGCUGAUGUUUGAGGGCAUGAGGGGAAACACCGCCUACCUGGACAUCUCUCUGGAUGGCCUCUCAAUCCGGCGGGGUACCUGCAACCAGAUCUGCAUGUCCCAGAUGUGCACCUUUGAUACUCUAAAUGAUCUCUGCGGAUGGAGCUGGGUCCCAACUGCCACCGGGGCUAAGUGGACCCAGAAGAAGGGCUCAUCGGGGGAGUUUGGUGUGGGGCCUGAUGAUGACUUCUCCAGCCCUGGUAGUGGCUACUACAUGCUCCUGGACUCCGCGAACGCAAGGCCAGGACAGAAAGCCGUACUUCUGAGUCCCCUCAGCCAUUCCAGCGGUUGUCUGACCCUGUCUUUCAGCUACAUCAUGCGCGGCCGGUCGCCCGGCGAAGGCCUUUUCGUCUAUGCUACAUUCUUGGGCAACAUCCGGAAACACACUCUCUUCUCAGGACACCCUGGACCCAGCUGGCAGACUGUGUCUGUCAAUUAUACAGGACAGGGACAGAUACAGUUCAUGGUGGUGGGUAUGUUUGGAGAGAUACCAGAGCCAGCGAUAGCUGUGGAUGCAAUCAGCAUUGCUCCCUGUGGGGAGAGCUUUCCUCAGUGCAGCUUUGAAGACGGAACUCAUCCUUUCUGUGACUGGAACCAUGUGCUUGGAGACCCCGGACACUGGAGCUGGGGAAGCAAAAGCGUACCCACCCCCAUCUCAGGGCCCCCAAGAGAGUUCCCAUAUGGAGGGGAUCAUUAUAUUUACUUCGAUUCAGUCAAGUUAUCCCAGGCAGGACAGUCUGCCAAGUUGGUGAGUCCACCCUUCUGUGCCCCUGGGGACGUCUGUGUGGAGUUUGCUUACCACAUGUAUGGCCUUGGAGAAGGGACCACACUCAAGCUCAUGUUGGGGAGUCCUGCGGGCAGUUCGCCUGUUUCCCUGUGGAGCCGUGUUGGAUCUCAGAGCACUAGCUGGGUGAACAGCUCUGUCACCAUCCCGAAGGGACAUCAGCAGCCCAUGCAGUUGUUUCUCGAGGCCACCCGGGGUACCAGCACUGCCUUUGUCGUAGCUGUGAAUUUUAUCUUCAUCACUCAUGGACCAUGUCGGGGUAAGAUGAAACUCGAGGGCCCAGCGUCUCCCACCCUCAUAUCGCAGCAGACAGAGAUUCUACCUACUGGUCCUUCUGAAAACAUUGUCCUUAUAGUCCCCACAGAAGCAACCCCUAUUUCCGUAGAAAUAUCCUCCACUCACACUGAAGAGACCAUCACCCCUACAGAAGUGGCCACUGUAACCGCAGAAGUGACCAGUGUCUCUCCUGAAGGGACCAGUGUCCUUCAGGAGAGCAUACCUACAGAAGUGACCAGUGUCUCUCCUGAAGGGACCAGUGUCCUUCAGGAAAGCAUACCUACAGAAGUGACCAGUGUCUCUCCUGAAGGGACCAGUGUCCUUCAGGAGAGCAUACCUACAGAAGUGACCAGUGUCUCUCCUGAAGGGACCAGUGUCCUUCAGGAAAGCAUACCUACAGAAGUGACCAGUGUCUCUCCUGAAGGGACCAGUGUCCUUCAGGAAAGCAUACCUACAGAAGUGACCAGUGUCUCUCCUGAAGGGACCAGUGUCCUUCAGGAAAGCAUACCUACAGAAGUGACCGCUGUCCCCACAGAAGUGACUGCUCUCACCACAGAAGGGACCACUGUCACUACAGAAGUGACCACUGUCUCUCCUGAAGGGUCCAUCAUCCCUACAGAAGUGACCACUGCCACCACAGAAGUGACUACUGCCACCACAGAGGUGACCACCCUCUCUCCUGAAGGGACCAUUAUUCCUACAGAAAUGAUCACUGUCUCUCCUGAAGAGACCACCACCUCUACAGAAGUGACCACUGUCUCUACUGAGGAGACCACCACCUCUACAGAAGUGACCACUGUCUCUCCUGAGGAGACCACCACCUCUACAGAAGUGACCACUGUCUCUCCUGAGGAGACCACCACCUCUACAGAAGUGACCACUGUCUCUGAGGAGACCACCACCUCUACAGAAGUGACCACUGUCUCUACUGAGGAGAGCACCACCUCUACAGAAGUGACCACUGUCUCUCCUGAGGAGACCACCACCUCUACAGAAGUGACCACUGUCUCUCCUGAGGAGACCACCACCUCUACAGAAGUGACCACUGUCUCACCUGAGGAGACCACCACCUCUACAGAAGUGACCACUGUUUCUCCUGAGGAGACCACCACCUCUACAGAAGUGACCACUGUUUCUCCUGAGGAGAGCACCACCCCUCCCGUAGGGAUCACUAUCUCCUCUGAAGAGACCACUGUUCUUACAGAGCAAUCUACUGUCCUCAUGCAAAUGCCUACAACAUGCAGACCACCCUGUCCAAGCCCUUCACAGGUUCCAGGUGUCUUGACAACCAGCAUGGCCACAGCUACAGGUAUGUCUGCCACAGGGAUGAUGAGCUGCCCUGCAAAUGCCCACCUUGAAUUGUGUGCAUGCCCUGCAUCCUGUGAGAGCCCCAAGCCCAGCUGCCAGUCCCCCUGCAGCCCUGGCUGUGUCUGCAAUCCUGGGUUUUUGUUUAGUAACAAUCAAUGCAUCAACGAGUCUGCUUGCAAUUGCUUCUACAACAACAAGUACUACCAGCCUGGGGAAGAAUGGUUCAGUCCCAACUGCACAGAGCGGUGCCGCUGCAUGCCCGGUAGCCGGAUGGAGUGCCAGAUCUCUCAGUGCGGGACACACACUGUCUGCCAGCUGCAGAAUGGCCAGUAUGAAUGCCAGCCCUAUGGCAGUGCUACCUGCCUGGUCUAUGGGGACCUUCAUUUUGUCACCUUUGAUGAGAGGGACAUCGACUUCACAGGGACAUGUACCUAUAUCUUGACCCAAAUCUGCGAGAACACCACAGAACCAUCCUUUAAGAUAACUGCAAGCACUGAGGAACGUGGAGUAGAAGGUGUAUCCUCCCUGGACAAAGUCUUCAUCACCCUGCCAGAGACUACCAUUACCAUGAUCAGGGACAGAUACACACUGAUUGCAGAACAAAGAGUCACCCUCCCAGUGAUACCUUCAAAUGGCAUCUUUGUGGGUCUAAGCGGGCGAUUUGUGGAGCUGAGGACAACAUUUGGUUUGCGUGUGAGAUGGGAUGGUGACAAGCAGCUUUUUGUGACUGUGCCCAGUACCUACUCAGGCAAACUCUGUGGUUUCUGUGGGAACUAUGACGGGGACAGCAGCAAUGAUUACCGGAAGCCGGAUGGCACAAUGACACAUGAUGAGGAUCAGCUGGGGAAGAGCUGGCAGGUAGAAGAGGAAGAGGACAAGAAUCUUGCUGACUGCUUGGGUUGGGUCUCUUCCAGGUGUCAGAACAAGAAGAGCCCCCCAUCGUGUGAUUCAGCCUUGGGGAGAACUAUGUCGGGGUCCAACUUAUGUGGCCAGCUUGUUGACCCAAAAGGAACCUUUGAGGCAUGCCUGCUCUAUAUGAAGGCCUCAUCCUUCUUGGAUAACUGUGUAACGGACAUGUGUAGCUUCCAGGGGCUCCAGCAGAUGCUCUGUGCUCAUAUGUCGGCCAUGACUGCCACCUGCCAAGAAGCCGGCUAUGCCGUGAAGCCCUGGAGGGGACCCGAGUUCUGCCCCUUGGACUGCCCUCAAAAUAGCAGGUACUCCCUGUGUGCCAAACCCUGCCCGGACACCUGCCAUCCUGGAUCUGCUCUCCAGCCCUGCCCAGAACAGUGUGUGGAAGCCUGCGAGUGUGACCCUGGCUUCAUCCUCAGUGGUUUUGAGUGUGUCCCUCGAUCGCAGUGUGGGUGCACCAAUGUUGAGGGACGCUACUUCAAGAUACAGGAGCAGUGGUUUAAUCCAGACUGCAAAGAGAUCUGCAUUUGUGAAGGCAACAACAGUAUUCGCUGCUGGCCCUGGAAGUGUAAGGCCCAGGAAGCCUGCAGCCAUAAGGAAGGCAUAUUAGGCUGUCAUGCCCAAGGUGAAGCCACCUGCAUUGCCUCUGGUGACCCCCACUACCUGACGUUUGAUGGAGCUUUGCAUCAUUUUAUGGGCACCUGCACUUACGUCCUGACCCGGCCUUGCUGGUCCAAUUCUCUAGACAACUUCGUUGUGAGUGCCACCAAUGAGAUCCGUGAUGGCAACUUGGAAGUCUCCAGUAUCAAAGCUGUCCAUGUGCAGGUCUUUGACCUCAAAAUCUCCCUAUUCAAAGGUCGAAGGGUCAUGCUGAACAACCAACGGGUGGCACUACCUGUGUGGCCUUUGAAAGGACGGGUGGCCAUUAGGUUGAGCGGCAUCUUUGUCCUGCUCUACACGAACUUUGGGCUUCAAGUUCGAUAUGAUGGAAACCACCUGGUGGAGGUGACAGUGCCUUCCUCGUACACCGGCUCACUCUGUGGGCUGUGUGGGAACUACAACAAUAACAGUUUGGAUGACAAUCUGCGUCCAGACGGGAAGCCUGCAGGCAACUCACUUCUGCUGGGAACUUCUUGGAAAAUACUUGAAGCCUCUGAUCCUGGCUGCUUUGUGGCGGGGGGCAAGUCUUCCAAUUGUGAAGAGAAUAACAUGGACGAGAGCUGGAGUAAAAACUGCUCCAUCUUGAUGAACCCUCUUGGGCCUUUCUCCAAUUGCCACGAGGCGGUGCCCCCGCAGGCCAGCUUCUCCAGUUGUGUGUAUGGCCAGUGUGGGACCAAAGGGGACACCCUGGCCCUGUGCCGCUCUCUGCAGGCCUACGCAUCCCUGUGUGCCCAAGCUGGCCAGGUGACUACCUGGCGCAACAGCACCUUCUGCCCUCUGAGGUGCCCACCCAUGAGCAGCUACAACCCAUGUGCCAACCCCUGCCCAGCCACCUGCCUCACCCUAAGCACCCCAAGAGACUGUCCAGACCUGCCCUGUGUCGAGGGCUGUGAAUGCCAGAAAGGCCACAUCCUGAGUGGAACCACCUGUGUGCCCCUCAGACAGUGUGGCUGCAGCGACCAGGACGGCUCCUACCACCUGUUGGGGGAGAGCUGGUACACAGAGAAGACCUGCACCACCCUCUGCACAUGCUCGGUCCACAGCAAUGUCACCUGCAGCAGCAUGGCCUGUGAGGCCAACCAAGUGUGCCUGCGCCAGGAUGGGCUGCUGCGCUGUGCUGCAGAGAUGGCAGAGUGUCACAUCUCGGAGGAUUCUCAGAUUGUGAGCUUCGAUGGCCAUAGCCAUCCUAUCCAAGACACAUGUACUUAUGUCAUGGUCAAAGUAUGCCACCCCAACAUGAACCUGCCUUUCUUCACGAUCAGUGCCAAGACCAGCAGGGACACCCACAGUAAAAUCAAGACUUUCAGUGUCUAUCAGCUAUACAUUGACAUCUUCAGCUUCCGAGUCAUUCUGCAGAGAGACCACUUAGUCCUGAUCAAUAACACGCCAGUCACCCUUCCUGCCACGACCCAGAUCCCGGGAGUCAGCAUCACGACCGAAGACGUCUAUACCAUUGUCACAAUUAAGGACGAAGUUCAAGUCAAAUUUGAGAGCAACAGUUUCUUAGAUAUCAAAAUUCCUGCAUCCUCUAAUGGAAAGGUCUGUGGGGUGUGCGGGAAUUUCAAUAGCGAAGAAGAGGAUGAACUCAUGACAUCCAGUGAUGAACUAGCUUAUGAUGAGGAGGAGUUCAUGGAGAGCUGGAAAGAUAAGGACAUCGACCCCAAUUGCCAGAACAUGGAAGAGCAGAGCCUCCAAGUGGAGCAGCAGGAGAUCAUGAAUGGAAAGUGCAAGGUCAUUGACUUCGAGAAAGCCCUGGCAUACUGCCAGGCCGCGCUCCAGAGUUCUGCCUGGGCCCAGUGUGCUGCCCGGGUACCCCUCAAGCCCUUCCUGCUGGGAUGUAUGAAAAACUUCUGUGAAUUCAAAGAGCUCUUCCGUGCCCUCUGUGAGGCUCUGCAGUCCUUCGAGGAUGCCUGUCAGAACCACGGGCUCAAGCCGCCCAUCUGGAGGAACAGCAGCUUCUGCGCUCUGGAAUGCCCAGCUCACAGUCACUAUACAAACUGCCUUCCCUCCUGUCCACCUUCCUGCUUGGACCCGGACAGCCGCUGUGAGGGCUCUGGCCAUAAAGUCCCUGCCACCUGCAGGGAGGGCUGCAUUUGUCAACCGGGCUACGUGCUGAACAAUGACAAGUGUGUGCUCAAAACUCAUUGUGGCUGCAAAGACGCCCAGGGUGUCUUCGUCCCGGCAGGCAAGACUUGGAUGUCCACAGGCUGUACCCAGAGCUGUACCUGUAUGAGAGGGGCCAUCAGGUGCCGGAGUUUCCAGUGUCCCUCAGGGACUCACUGCAAGGACAGCAAUGACGGCAGCAGUCACUGUGUCAAAAUCUCUUUCCAAUGCCCUGCCCAUAGCCAGUACACCACCUGCCUUCCCUCCUGUCUACCUUCCUGCUCGGACCCUGAUGCCCACUGUGAGGGCACCAUCACCAAAGUCCCCUCUACCUGCAAGAAGGGCUGCAUCUGUCAACCUGGCUUUGUGUUGGAUAAAGACAAGUGUGUGCUCAGAAUUGAGUGUGAUUGCCAAGACACCCAGGGUGUCUUCAUCCCGGCAGGCAAGACCUGGACUUCUAGGGGCUGCACCCAGAGCUGUACCUGCAUGGGAGGCGUCAUCCAGUGCCAGACUUUCCAGUGUUCCCCAGGGACCUACUGCAAGGACAGUGAUGAUGGCAGCAGUCACUGCGCCAAAAUCACUCUGCAGUGCCCAGCGCACAGCCAGUACACUGACUGCCUUCCCUCCUGUCCACCUUCCUGCCUGGACCCAGAAGGACACUGUGAGGGCACCAUCACCAAAGCCCCCUCUACCUGCGAGGAGGGCUGCACCUGCCAACAAGGCUAUGUGCUGCAUAAUGACAAGUGUGUACCCAGAAUUGAGUGUGGCUGCCAAGACACCGAGGGUGUCCUCAUCCCGGCGGACAAGACCUGGAUCAACAGAGGCUGUUCACAAACCUGUACCUGUGUGGGAGGAGUCAUCCACUGCAGGGAGUUCCAGUGUCCCUCCGGGACUUUCUGCAGCGACAUGGAGGACGGCAACAGUAACUGCACCAAAAUCACUCUGCAGUGCCCCGCCCACAGCCUAUUCACCAACUGCCUACCUUCCUGCCUGCCUUCCUGCUGGGACCCAGAAGGCCUCUGUAGUGGCACCAGCCAUAACGUCCCCUCCACCUGCAAAGAAGGCUGCGUCUGUCAACCUGGCUAUCUGCUAUAUAACGACAAGUGUGUGCUCAAAAUUCAGUGUGGCUGCAAAGAUGCCCAGGGUGUUCUCAUCUCAGCAGACAAGACCUGGAUCAACAGAGGCUGCACCCAGAGCUGUACCUGCUCAGGAGGGGACAUCCUGUGCAAGGAAUUCCAGUGUCCUCCAGAGACUUACUGCAAGGACACCGAGGAUGGCAACAGUAACUGUGCCAAAAUCACUCUGCAGUGCCCAGCCCACAGCUACUACACCAACUGCCUUCCCUCCUGUCCACCUUCCUGCUCGGACCCUGAUGGCCACUGUGAGGGCACCAUCACCAAAGUCCCCUCCACUUGCAAGGAAGGCUGCAUCUGUCAACCUGGCUUUGUGCUAUACAACGACAAGUGUAUACUCAGAAUUGAGUGUGGCUGCAAAGAUGCUCAGGGUGUUCUCAUUCCGGCAGAUAAGACCUGGAUCAACAGAGGCUGCACCCAGAGCUGUACCUGCAUGGGAGGGGUCAUCCAGUGCCAGAAUUUCCAGUGUCCCUCAGAGACUUACUGCAAGGACACCGAGGAUGGCAACAGUAACUGUGCCAAAAUCACUCUGCAGUGCCCCGCCCACAGCCGCUACACCAACUGCCUACCUUCUUGUCUGGCUUCCUGCUCGGACCCAGAAGGCCAGUGUAUGGGCUCCAGCACCACAGCCCCCUCCACCUGUAAGGAGGGCUGUGUCUGCCUAUCUGGCUUUGUGCUGCAUGAAGACAAGUGUGUGCUUAGAAUUCAGUGUGGCUGCAAAGAUGCCCAGGGUACUCUCAUCCGGGCAGACAAGACCUGGAUCAACAGAGGCUGCACCCAGAGCUGUACCUGCUCAGGAGGGGCCAUCCUGUGCAAGGAAUUCCAGUGUCCUCCAGAGACUUACUGCAAGGACAUGGAGGAUGGCAACAGUAACUGCACCAAAAUCACUCUGCAUUGCCCGGCCAACAGCUACUUCACCGCCUGCCUUCCCUCCUGUCAGCCUUCCUGCUCUAAUAUGAAUGGCCGCUGUGAGGGCCCCAGCACUAGAGCCCCCUCCACCUGCAAGGAGGGCUGUGCCUGUCAAUCUGGCUUUGUGCUGCAUGACGACAAGUGUGUACCCAGAAGUCAGUGUGGCUGCCAAGAUGCCCAGGGUGCUCUCAUCCCGGAAGGCAAGACCUGGGUCACCAGAGGCUGUGCUCAGAGUUGUGACUGCGUGGGAGGGGUCAUCCAGUGCAGGACUUUCCAGUGUCCCUCGGGGACCUACUGCAAGGACAGUGAGGACGGCGACAGUCGCUGCACCAAAAUCACUCUGCAGUGUCCGGCCCACAGCCGCUACACCAACUGCCUUCCCUCCUGUCCACCCACGUGCUUGGACCCAGAGGGACUCUGUGGGGGCACCAGCCCUAAAGUCCCCUCCACCUGCAAGGAGGGAUGUGUCUGUCGAGCUGGCUUUGUGCUACAUAAUGACAAGUGUAUGCUCAGAAUUCUGUGUAGCUGCAGAGAUGCCCAGGGUGUUAUCAUCCCGGCAGACAAGACCUGGCUCUCCAGAGGCUGUACCCAGAGCUGUACCUGUGUAGCAGGGACAAUCCACUGCAGGAAUAUGCAGUGUCCCUCAGGGACUUACUGCAAGAACAUGGCUGAUGGCAGCAGUAACUGCACCAAGAUCACUCUGCAGUGCCCGGCCCACAGCCAGUUCACGGACUGCCUUCCCUCCUGUCUACCUUCCUGCUCCAACCCGAAUGGUCACUGUGAGGACGUCAGCACCAAAGUCCCCUCCAGCUGCAAGGAGGGCUGUCUCUGCGACCACGGCUUUGUGCUCAAUGAGGACAAGUGUGUGCCUAGAAUUCAGUGUGGCUGCAAAGAUACCAAGGGUGACUUCAUUCCACCAGGCAAGACUUGGACCUCCAGAGGCUGCACCCAGAGCUGUGCCUGCGUGGAAGGUGACGUCCACUGCCAGAAUUUUCAGUGUCCCUCAGGGACUUACUGCAAGGACACCAGUGAUGACAGCAGUACUUGCACCAAGAUCACUCUGCAGUGCCCAGACCACACCCACUACACCAGCUGCCUUCCCUCCUGUCAGCCUUCCUGCUCGGACCCAGAAGGCCUCUGCAAAGGCACCAGCCUUAAAGUCCCCUUCACCUGUAAGGAGGGCUGUGUCUGCCAACCUGACUACGUGCUGCAUAAUGACAAGUGUGUUCUCAGAAGUCACUGUGACUGCAGAGAUGCCCGGGGUGUCCUCAUCCCGGCAGGCAAGACAUGGACCUCCACAGGCUGUACCCAGAGCUGUACCUGCAUGCAAGGGACUGUUCAGUGCCAGAAUUUCCAGUGUCCCUCAGAGACUUACUGCAAGGACAAUAAUGACGGCACCAGUAACUGUGUUAAAAUAACUCUGCAGUGCCCAACCCACAGCCUGUUCACUGACUGCCUACCCCCUUGUCUACCUACCUGCUUGGACCCAGAUGGCCUCUGUAAGGGAACCAGUCCCAAAGUCCCCUCCACUUGCAAGGAGGGCUGCAUCUGUCAAUCUGGCUAUGUGCUGCAGAAUGACAAGUGUAUACUCAGAACUCUGUGUGGCUGCAAAGAUGCCCAGGGUGCUCUUAUCCCAGAAGGCAAGACCUGGGUCUCCAAAGGCUGUACCCAGAGCUGUGCCUGCACAGGAGGGAGCAUCCACUGCCUGGAUUUCCAGUGUCCCCCAGGGACUCACUGCAAGAAUGACAAUGAUGGCAGCAGUCACUGUGAUGAAAUCCCUCUACAGUGUCCAGCCAACAGCAGCUUCACCGACUGCCUUCCCUCCUGCCCACCCUCUUGCUUGGACCCAGAGGGCCACUGUGGAGGCACCGGCCUCAAAGACCCCUCCACUUGCAAGGAAGGCUGCCUCUGCCACUCUGGCUUUGUGCUUGAUAACGACAAGUGUAUCCCCAGAAUUCACUGUGGCUGCAAAGGUGCCCAGGGUGCUCUCAUCCCGGCAGGCAAGACAUGGACUGCUAGAGGCUGUACCCAGAGCUGUACCUGCAUGGGAGGGGCUGUUCAGUGCCGACAUUUCCAGUGUCCCUCAGAGACUUACUGCAAGGACAGUAAUGACGGCACCAGUAACUGUGUUAAAAUAACUCUGCAGUGCCCGGCCCACAGCCACUACACCGACUGCCUUCCCUCCUGUCAGCCUUCCUGCUCGGACCCAGAUGCCCACUGUGAGGGCACCAGCCCUAAAGUCCCUUCUACCUGCAAGGAGGGCUGUGUCUGUCAACCGGGCUAUGUGCUGAGUAAUGACAAGUGUGUGCUCAAAACUGAGUGUGACUGCAAAGACACCCAGGGUCCUCUCAUUCCAGCAGGCAAGACCUGGAUCACCAGAGGCUGUACCCAGAGCUGUGCCUGCAUGGGAGGCACCAUCCACUGCCAGAAUUUCCAGUGUCCCCAAGGGACUUACUGCAAGGACAACAAUGAUGGCAGCAGUCACUGUGCAAAAAUAACUCUGCAGUGCCCAGACCACAGCCACUUCACUGACUGCCUUCCCUCCUGUCCACCUUCCUGUACUGAUCUGGAUGCCCACUGUGAGCACACCAGUCCCAAAGUCCCCUCCACCUGCAAGGAGGGCUGCCUCUGUCAACCUGGCUACUUCCUGAACAAUGACAAGUGUGUGCUCCGAAUUCACUGUGACUGCAAAGAUGUCCAUGGUAGCCUCAUUCCGGCAGGCAAGACCUGGACCUCCAAGGGCUGCACCCAGGACUGUGCCUGCACAGGAGGAGCUGUCCAGUGCAGGACUUUCCAGUGUCCCUCAGGGACCUUCUGCAAGGACAGCAGUGAUGGCAGCAGUCACUGUGUCAAAAUCAGUAAGGGGGCCACGGGGGAGGGGGAGGGUGUGCUCAUGGCUGGAGGGACCAGAGCUCUGCAGUGCCCGGCCCACAGCCAGUUCACCAGCUGCCUUCCCUCCUGUCCACCUUCCUGUUCCAUUCUGGAUGGCCACUGUGAGGAAAACAGCUCCAAAGUCCCCGCAACCUGUAAGGAGGGCUGCCUCUGUCAGCCUGGCUACUUGUUGAAUAAUGACAAGUGUGUGCUCCGAAUCCAGUGCAGCUGCAAAGAUGUCCACGGUGGCCUCAUUUCCGCAGGCAAGACCUGGAUCACCAGAGGCUGCACGGAGAGCUGUAACUGCAUGGGAGGGACCAUCCAGUGCAGGACUUUCCAGUGUUCCCCAGGGACCUACUGCAAGGACAGCAGUGAUGGCAGCAGUCACUGUGUCAAAAUCACUCUGCAGUGUCCUGCCCACAGCCGCUACACAAACUGCCUUCCCCCAUGUCCACCUUCCUGUACCGAUCUGGAUGGCCGCUGUGAGGGCACCAGCCCCCAAGGCCCCUCCACCUGCAAGGAGGGCUGCCUCUGCCAACCUGGCUACGUGGUAAAUGAUGGCAAGUGUGUGCUCCAGAUUCACUGUGGCUGCAAAGAUGCCCAGGGAGCUCUUGUUCCGGCAGGCGAGACCUGGGUCUCCAGUGGCUGCACCCAGAGCUGUACCUGCGUGGGAGGGGCUAUCCAAUGUCGAAGCUUCAACUGCCCCCCAGGGACUCAGUGUCAGGAUGGCCGGGAUGGCCACGUUAACUGCACCAAAAUACCUCUGCAGUGCCCCGCCCACAGCCGCUACACCAACUGCCUACCUUCUUGUAUACCUUCCUGCUCGGACCCAGAAGGCCUCUGUGGGGGCACCAGUCCAAGAGUCCCCUCCACCUGUAAGGAGGGUUGUAUCUGUCGAGCUGGCUUUGUGCUACAUAAUGACAAGUGUGUGCUCAGAAUUCUGUGUGGUUGCAAAGACGCCCAGGGUGCUCUUAUCCCGGCAGAGAAGACCUGGCUCUCCAAAGGCUGUACCCAGAACUGUACCUGUGUGGCAGGAAACAUUCAUUGCCGGAAUAUCCAGUGUCCCUUGGGGACUCACUGCAAGGACGAUAGUGAUGGCAGUAGUCACUGUGUCAAAGUUGCUCUGAAAUGCCCAACCCACAGCUACUACACCAACUGCCUUCCUUCCUGUAUCCCAUCCUGCUCCAACCUGAAUGAGCACUGUGAGGUCCCCAGUGUCUCAGGCCCCUCCACCUGCAAAGAAGGCUGCCUCUGUCAGUCUGGCUUUGUGCUCAAUAAGGACAAGUGUGUACUCAGAAUUCAGUGUGGCUGCAAAGACUCUCAGGGUGCCCCCAUUCCGGCAGGCAAGACCUGGAUUGCCACAGGCUGUUCCCAGAAAUGUACCUGCGAGGGAGGACUUGUUCAGUGCCAUGAGUUCGAGUGCCCCUCAGGGACUCAGUGCCAGGACAUCGAGGAUGGCAGCAGUGACUGUGCCGAAAUCACCCCUCCAUGCCCGGCCCACAGCCACUUCACCGACUGCCUGCCCUCCUGUCUGCCUUCCUGCUUGGAUCCUGAUGGGCACUGUGAGGGCACCAGCCCCAAAGUCCCUGCCGUCUGCAAGUCAGGCUGCCUCUGUCAACCUGGCUAUGUGCUGAAUAACGACAAGUGUAUCCCCAGAAUUGCGUGUGGCUGCAAAGAUCCCCAGGGCACUCUCAUUCCAGAAAGCAAGACGUGGAUCUCCAGUGGGUGUACCCAGAGCUGUAACUGCAGGGGAGGGACUGUUCAGUGUCAGGACUUCAAAUGCCCAGCAGGGACCCAUUGCCAGCACAGUGUAGACGGCAGCAGUCACUGUGCCAGCGACGCUCUGAAAUGCCCGGCCCACAGCCUCUACACCGCCUGCCUUCCGUCCUGUCUACCUUCCUGCUCGGACCCAGAGGGCCUCUGCGAUGGCUCCAGCACCAAGGUCCCCUCCUCCUGCAGGGAGGGCUGUGUCUGCCGAUCUGGCUAUGUGCUGCAUGAAGACAAGUGUGUGCUUAGAAUUCACUGUGCCUGCAAAGUCUCCCAUGGUAGCCUCAUCCAGACCGGCCAGACAUGGAUCUCCACUCACUGUACUCAGAUUUGUGCAUGCAAGGGAGGACUCUUUCAGUGCCAAAAGUUCCAGUGCCCCUCGGGGACCCAGUGCGAAAAAUAUGAAGAUGGCAGCAGUAACUGUGUCUCCAACACUCUGAAGUGCCCAGACAAUAGCCUCUACACCACCUGCCUUCCCCCCUGUCUACCUUCCUGCUCCAACCCGAAUGGGCACUGUGAGGGCAUUAGCACCAAAGUCGCCCCCACCUGCAAGGAAGGCUGUGUCUGUCGACCUGGCUACCUGCUCAAUAAGGACACAUGUGUGCAUAGAGACCAAUGUGGCUGCAAGGAUGUCAAGGGUGACCUCAUCCCGGCAGGCAAGGCCUGGAUCUCUAGUGGCUGCACCCAGAGCUGUGCCUGCGUGAGUGGGGACAUUCAGUGCCGGGACUUCAGCUGCCCGUCGGGGACCCACUGCCAGCACAAUGAAGAUGGCAGUAGUAGCUGUGCAGCCAACAAAUUGGAAAAGUGUACCAUCUUUGGGGACCCCUAUUACCACACUUUUGAUGGCUUGAGCUACCGCUUCCUGGGUCGGAUGAACUACUACCUCAUCAAGACAGUGGACAAGCUCCCAGAGGGGGUGGAGCACCUGGUCAUAGAGGGGCGCAACAAAGUGACCUCCACAGAGAGUCCAACUUUGCACGAAGUGACCACCAUCGUCUAUGGCUAUAAAAUCCAGCUCCAAGAAGGGCUGCUAGUUUUGGUCAACAAUCAAAAGGUGUCGGUCCCCUACAAUCCAAACAACCACCUGCAGAUCAUCUUGCGGGCACAGCGGCUGUUUCUCAUCACUGACUUUGAAAUGGUGGUGGACUUCGACGGAGAGCACAAUGCAGUGAUCUCCUUGCCUACCAUGUACCAUGGGCUGGUUCGGGGCCUGUGUGGAAACUAUGACAAGGACCGAGACAACGACUUCAUGUUGCCCAAUGGAAUGCUCACCUCAAACCUCAAUGCCUUUGGCGACAGUUGGGAGGUGAAGGUGGAUACCCUCUUCCGAUUGCCAAGGGCCCUGCCAGAAGAAGUCGGAGGAGAGGAAGAGCCUGACCUUCUGCUCUCCGAGUGCAGCCCAGAGCAGACAGCGCUCAUCAGCAGCACCCAGGCCUGCAGAGUGCUGGUGGACCCCCAGGGCCCCUUUGCUGCCUGUCACCAGAUUAUAGCCCCAGAGCCCUUCGAGCAGCACUGUAUGUCUGACAUGUGCGCUGGAUGGAAAACCAAAGAAGAAGAGGAACUUCGCUGCCGGGUCCUCAGUGGAUAUGCCAUCAUUUGCCAGGAGGCCGGUGCCAACAUGACUGGCUGGCGGGACCAGACACACUGUGCCAUGACAUGCCCUGCCAAUACUGUGUACCAGCACUGUAUGACACCCUGCCCAGCAUCCUGUGCCAAAUUUGUGACCCCCAAGGUCUGUGAAGGCCCCUGUGUGGAGGGCUGUGCCAGUAUCCCAGGCUACAUCUACAGUGAUACCCAGAGCCUCCCAGUGACACACUGCGGCUGCACUGCCAGUGGCAUCUAUUACAAGCUGGGUGACAGCUUUGUAACUGACAACUGCUCCCAGCAUUGCACCUGUGCAAGCCAGGGGACCCUGCUGUGUGAGCCCUAUGGCUGCAGAGCUGGAGAGUCCUGCACUGUGGCCAACUUUACUCGAGGCUGCUUCCGGGAUAGCCCGUGUCUACAGAACCCCUGUCACAACGAUGGCCGGUGUCAGGAGCAGGGGGCCACCUUCAUCUGCCACUGUGACCCUGGUUAUGGAGGAGUAUUGUGCACGGAACCUCGGGAUAUCCCAUCCAGAAAAAAGCUAGAAUCCUCCAGCUUAGCGGCCACCCUGCCAGGAGUGUUUGUGGUGGUGUUAGUCCCUGUCUUACUGCCCGGAAUGUGUGUUUACAUGAAGGCGAGAACUGCCAUGGCGAGGAGUGGGGAGAAACUGUUGAGACGAGGGAGACAUAGGCCGGAGGACACAGAUGUUCCAGAGCCUGCCUUCAAAACCACCGAGUUCUGACUUAUCCUCAAACAAACAGAUAAAAAUAUUUAUUUUUUUAAAUACUUUUUUUUACAUUUGA